AUGUCGUCCCAAGCUUUCCGGCCCUUUAAAGGUGUGGUUGGCCGUUCUUUUCAAUGUAGGUGCGGACACUGCAAGCGACUUGCACCCGAGUGGGAGAGGCUCGCCGCUGCCUUCAGGGCGUCUGUUUACGUUCACAUCGCACAGGUGGACUGCGACGCGCACAAGGAGCUCUGCUCCAAGUUCGGCGUCAGCGGCUAUCCCACGCUCAAAUGGUUCCCCCGCAACUCUCUCACCCCCGAAACGUACACAGGCGAUCGCGAGGCAGAGAAGCUGCUGGAGUUUGCCAACCAGAAAUCAGGAAGCAGAGCGGCGGCACUGCCGGCAGGGAAGCCGUCAUUGGUGGUGGAGGUGACGCCUGACAACUUCACAGAGAUCGUCAAGGACAAGACCAAGCACGUUCUGCUUGAAUUCUACGCCCCAUGGUGUGGAAUGUGCAAAUCCCUUGCUCCUGACUACGAGGCACUGGCGGAGACGUUUCAGUACGAGCCAGACAUUGUGAUCGCCAAGUUUGAUGCCGACAAGUACAAGGGCACCGUGGAGAAGUACAAGAUCAAGGGGUACCCUGAGCUGCGCUGGUAUCCCAAGAACAACAAGAAGGGCGAGCCGUACAAGACGUCGCGCAACCUGCAGCCUCUGAUCGACUUUGUCAAUGCCAAGGCCAACACCUUGCGCAAGAAGGGCGGCCUCCUAGAUGACGAUGUGGGGCGGAUCAAGGAUCUGGACAAGAUAGCAGUGAAGUACGCCCUGUCAUCAAAGGAGCAGCGAGUGCAGCUGAGGACGCAGAUGAGCAACACCAUCGACUUUCUCGACGCCAAGAAGGACCCCUACGCGGAGAUAUACAUGAAGAUCAUGGAUCACAUUGACAGCAACGAGAGAUACCUGGCAGACGAGUAUGCCAGAGUCGAAAGGAUGCUCAAAACGCCGCUCUCCCCGGCCAAGAUAGACCAGUUCACACCGCUCUCCCCGGCCAAGAUAGACCAGUUCACGGUGCACAAGCACAUUCUCACGGCCUUACCAUCCGCUCUCACCAGCCAAGAUAGACCAGUUCACGGUGCGCAAGCACAUUCGCACAGCCUCACAAUGUGGAACGCCGUUCCUCUUUGUCCCUCCCUCUCCCUCCCCCACACCUGCUCACAGCCGCUCUCCCCGGCCAAGAUAGACCAGUUCACAGUGCGCAAGCACAUUCUCACGGCCUUCCUCGAGUUUGACGAGGAGGAGGUGGCCAUCUCCUGA